AUGACGGUGGCUCUGAUUCAGUACAACGUUGCAGUGUUUGUUACCAACCAGAUGACUGCAGAUCCAGGAGCUGGAAUGACAUUUCAAGCAGAUCCCAAAAAGCCCAUCGGAGGACACAUACUGGCUCAUGCCUCCACCACACGCAUCAGCCUGAGGAAAGGACGUGCUGAAUUGAGAAUUGCCAAAAUAUUUGAUAGCCCAGACAUGCCAGAAAGUGAGGCUACUUUUGCCAUCACAGCUGGAGGAAUAACAGAUGCCAAAGACUAAAAUCUGCACAGAAUGCAUAUUACUUAGCAUGUUACAA